GCACGCAGGCGUGCCAAAUGGGCUGUCAGAUGCGAUUUGGAGUAACAAGUGGAUUUGACGUUUAGGUUUUCUCACCAUCGCGCUUGGAAACACUCUUGAGCACUGUAGCUACUGGACCAAGAACAUGGACUCAGAUACGAGCCGCGUGUCAAGCAGACCCUCAUCUCCCGAAGAAGACAUUUUCCUGUCCGCCUUAAAGAAGUCAGUGCACGGUUUCUCCGGCGCCGUGUCCUCCACACAGAGCGACUCUCUGUCUGAGAUCCCCGGCCUGCGCGGCCUUUCCGCAGACGACGAGGAUUCCCUCCUUCGGCUGUCCAAGAAAGACCGGAAACUCCUGUCAGAGAACGAGCUGCAGACCAUCCGCCUCAAGAUCAACAGCCGCGAGAGGAAAAGAAUGCACGACCUCAACGUGGCCAUGGAUGGGCUCCGUGAGGUCAUGCCCUAUGCGCACGGACCCUCGGUGCGCAAACUCUCCAAAAUCGCGACCCUGCUGCUGGCUAGAAACUACAUCCUGAUGCUGAGCAACUCACUGGAGGAGAUGAAGCGGUUGGUCAGCGAAAUCUACGGCAGCAGCGGACACCACGGCGGCUUCCACCCAGCAGCCUGUGGGACUAUGACACACGCUGGGCCCGUGCCGGGACACCCGGCGGUUUCACACGCCUCACACCACCCGCUCCUCCCCCCGGCAGUCUCCACCGCCUCGCUGUCCGCGCCUGGCAUCUCCGCCGUCACCUCGGUCCGACCCCACCAUGGACUCCUCAAAGCGCCCGUUGCAGGCGCGGGGCCGCUGGGCAGCAGUUUCCAUCACUGGGGCGUUGGCACCGGGAUGCCUUGUCCGUGCAGCAUGUGCCAAGUCCCGCCUCCGCAUGUGACCAGCAUGAGCGCCGUCACUAUGCCGAGGCUGGCCAGCGACUCCAAGUGACUCUAAACUAAAUGGAGACGAACUUUUUGGGGUUGUUAAUGUACAGACUCUCUCCCCACACUAUAACUCUUUUUUUUUUUAUUUAUCUUUGUUGCUGAAUCCGUUGUCUCGACGGAGCCAGUAAAGAACAUUGAAUUUUCUGACUGGGCCUUUGGGGGUUUUGCAACUAACUUAGUGUUUAUGGUAAUUAACCUCAACUGUAACAGGUGUUUCUUCGCAGAGCUCCAAAAGCGCAACACAACUUCAGCUUACUCCUGGAAGUCUUUGGCCCAGGCAUCUGUGUGUCUAGUUAUUUAAAGAGCAAUCCGUUUGAAUCCGUUCUGUGGGCCUGCAGAGGGGAAAGGACCCAAAUCAAACCGCAAAUAUAGAGUGUAAAUAUGUAGAUUAAUUAUUCUGUUUAAAUAGUCGGAUAGGCCUAUAUCAUAAAUUAGAGUCUGGUUAUUGUGUGGGAAGUCUCCCUCCACACCUCACAUGUUGCACCUGCUUUGUUCUAUCCGUCUUAUUCAAUGCUUCUGUCCUUAUUUUCGGUAGGCUGUCAUUCUCUGUCCGAAGCAAACAAUGACCACUUGUUUAUUUUUUUAAUAAAAACAUGAAAAUGAUAUUUAUUUACUUAUUUUGGACGGAAAAUUCAGAUGAAUCUCUGAUUAUGUUGGGGUUUGAAAUGUAAAAUAAAGGUGAUUAAUUGAAAAGG